AUGACAAGUGCGAGGGUUCACUUUGUAGUCUUCUUUGUUCUGUUGUUUCUUCACCCUUGUGUGUCAGAGCGAACCGAAAAGAGAGAGACUUUGGAAGUGAACGAGAAAGAUGACGAAGGUUCGGAAGCUAUCCGGAAGGAUUAUUCUCCUUUGCAAAACCAUCUUUCAUUGAUCAAAUAUGAAUUUGAAGAUUCACGCGAUUUACUCUACCGACCCGAAGACUUAGCGACUGUCAGCAAGACUAACGACACAGAGAACCACACAAAUGUUUCCGUCCACUCCACAUCAUCAACCAAACCAACUGUGGCACCGCCAAAUCCCAAGGCCAUUUUGCCAGUGCAGACGGGGGUCCAAGCGCAGGAAGAGGAGCAGUCAAAUGGAUUGACCAUAUUUUUUAGCCUUCUCGUUAUUGGUAUCUGCAUUAUCUUGGUUCAUCUGCUUAUCAAGUUCAAGUUACAUUUUCUUCCGGAAAGUGUUGCUGUUGUGUCCCUUGGAAUUCUAAUGGGAGGAUUUAUUAAGAUCAUUGAGUUCCAGGAACUGGCCAACUGGAAGGAGGAGGAAAUGUUCCGACCCAAUAUGUUCUUCCUUUUGCUCCUGCCACCUAUUAUCUUUGAGUCGGGGUACUCUUUACAUAAGGGUAACUUCUUCCAGAACAUUGGCUCCAUCACUCUUUUUGCUGUGAUUGGAACUGCUAUCUCUGCAUUCAUAGUUGGAGGAGGCAUCUACUUCCUUGGUCAGGCAGAUGUGAUCUACAAGAUGACCAUGACAGAUAGUUUUGCAUUUGGCUCACUCAUCUCCGCCGUAGACCCUGUUGCUACCAUAGCCAUCUUUAAUGCACUCAACGUGGACCCAGUCCUGAACAUGUUAGUGUUUGGGGAGAGCAUCCUUAAUGACGCUGUCUCUAUCGUCCUCACAAAUACUGCCGAGGGUUUCUUUUCCCGCUCAGACACAACUAGAGUAACAGGCUGGGAGACAUUUUUGCAAGCAGUGGGUUAUUUCCUCAAAAUGUUCUUUGGUUCUGCUGCCUUGGGGACUCUCACAGGACUCAUCUCUGCUCUUUUCUUAAAACAUUUUGACUUGAGGAAGACACCUUCACUAGAAUUUGGCAUGAUGAUUAUCUUUGCUUACCUUCCUUAUGGCCUGGCAGAGGGCAUUAAACUGUCUGGAAUUAUGUCCAUCCUGUUUGCGGGAAUCGUGAUGUCUCAUUACACCCAUCACAACCUGUCUCCUGUAACCCAGAUUCUCAUGCAACAGACGCUGCGCACAGUGGCCUUUAUGUGUGAGACAUGUGUGUUUGCCUUUCUCGGGUUAUCCAUCUUCAGCUUCCCUCACAAUUUUGAAUUAUCGUUUGUUAUUUGGUGCAUCAUCCUGGUUCUUCUGGGCCGUGCAGUCAACAUCUUUCCCUUGUCAUUUCUGCUCAAUUUUUGCCGAGACCACAAGAUCACACCCAAGAUGAUGUUCAUCAUGUGGUUCAGUGGACUGAGAGGCGCUAUUCCCUAUGCUUUGAGCCUGCAUCUUGGCCUGGAGCCGAUUGAGAAGCGGCAACUCAUUGGCACCACCACCAUCAUCAUUGUCCUCUUUACUAUCCUCCUCCUUGGGGGCGGGACCAUGCCGCUCAUCCGCAUCAUGGACAUUGAAGAAAGCCAAUCGCGGCGAAAGAGCAAAAAGGACAUCAAUCUGAGCAAGACGGAGAAAAUGGGAAAUACUGUUGAGUCGGAGCAUCUAUCAGAACUGACAGAGGAGGAGUACGAGGCUCACAUAUACCAAAGACAGGAUCUGAAGGGCUUCAUGUGGCUUGAUGCUAAGUAUCUUAACCCUUUCUUCACCCGGAGGCUUACCCAGGAGGACCUGAUGCAUGGAAGGAUCCAAAUGAAGACGCUAACCAACAAGUGGUAUGAAGAAGUCCGUCAGGGUCCUUCAGGUUCAGAGAAUGAGGACGAUGAGACAGAAUUGUUGUAA